AUGAGUGCAACAAUGGUUCAUGUUGCACGACUACCAAUAAAAUCUGCUGAAGAUAUUAAUAUGAAAGAUGGUGAAUCAAACCAAAUCCGUAUCGUUUGGAGUGAAAGUGUCUGGCUCGAUGUGGACAAAGUAACAACAGCUUACCUUCCAUCACUUACAGGGCAUGCGAGUUUUGGGGUUCCUUUUGAUAGAAGAAUUAGAAUGGCUAUGCAGUUAAAGAAUGAAGAUGAGGAGAUAUUUCAUCCUCUUCUACGAAGCAUGAAUUCUACAGAGAAUGAACUAAAGGAGUGA